AAUAUAAGAAAUAUCCAUCGCGAUAAACGCACAGUACUGUUUUAGUGCGUGGUUUAAUAUUAUUGCUGUUUUAUAACCAACCUUAUUGAUAUAAAAUAAAUACAGUUGAAUUUAGAAAAGCCGAACGCAAAUCAACUAUUUUAUAAAGUUGCCUAUAGCAGCUUAUAGAAAAAAGUAUCGGCUCGCUAUGGAUUGGUAUUUGUGGGCAGUUCUCGUAAUUCAAGCGAUUGUAUCGGCGCAGUGUCGCUUGCACCAGUACCCCAAGAUACACCUUGGAGCUCGCGAUGGCGGCGACCCCGGCAAACCGCUGUUCCUUACUCCAUACAUAGAAAGUGGAAACAUCUCGGAAGCCAAACGACUUGCCCUUGUGCCAUUCACCGAAAACCUUCGUAUCAUCAGUUACGCUGGAUUCUUCACUGUAAAUAAGACUUACGACUCCAACCAAUUCUUCUGGUACUUCCCUGCAAUGGUUCCAAAAAAUAAAACGGCACCUGUAGUAGUUUGGCUGCAGGGUGGACCAGGCGCCACCUCUCUCUAUGGAUUAUUCACUGAAAAUGGUCCAAUUCGCGUGCGAAAUGGGAAAUUCGAGCGCAGGAAAUAUAACUGGGCCCUGGGUCACCACCUUAUCUACAUUGAUAAUCCAGUUGGUACUGGAUUCAGUUUCACAAAUAACUCCAGAGGAUACUGCUCAGAUGAGACACAAGUUGGUGAAGAUCUUUAUUCUACUAUGACCCAGUUCUUCCAGCUGUUCCCUGAACUGCAAGAGAAUAAAUUCUUCGUGACUGGAGAGUCUUAUGGUGGGAAGUAUGUGCCAGCCUUAGCCUACACUAUUCAUAAGAAAAACCCAUCAGCUAAAGUCAAAAUAAACCUUAAAGGUGUUGCUAUAGGAAAUGGAUUGAGUGACCCUGAGCACCAAAUGUUGUACAGCAAGUAUUUGUAUCAAAUUGGUCUCUUAGACUGGAACCAAGCUGGAAUAUUUGAGAAGUAUGAGAACAAGACUAGGGACUAUAUAGGGCAAGGGGAAUGGGAGAAGGCUUUUGACACAUUUGAUACAUUAUUGAAUGGAGAUUUAAUUGAUGGAAAGAGCAUUUUCUAUAAUAUGACUGGUUUUAAUUUCUACUUCAACUUUUUACACACAAAGGAUUAUAAUACUUUUGAGGACUUUGGGCCCAUGAUUCAGAAGACAUUUGUUCGCAAAGCAAUACAUGUAGGAGACCUGCCGUUCCAUAAUGGCACCGAGGUAGAGACUCAUUUGAAACAGGAUAUAAUGAAGUCUGUUGCUCCUUGGAUAGCAGAGUUACUGGACCAUUAUUAUGUAGUUGUGUACAAUGGCCAAUUGGACAUCAUAGUUGCAUAUCCUUUGACCGUGAAUUAUUUAAGAAAUCUCAAAUUUGCUGGUUCUGAAGAUUAUAAGACUGCCAAGAGGUAUAUUUGGAAGGUAGAUGGAGAGGUGGCUGGUUAUGUGAAGCAGGCAGGAAAGUUGGUGGAGAUUAUGGUGAGGAAUGCAGGCCACAUGGUGCCGGGAGAUCAGCCAAAGUGGGCUCUAGAUCUGAUCACCAGGUUUACUCAUGAGAAAACUUUUGAAGAUCAUAAGAAGCAAUAGAUGUCAAAGAUACUGAUAUAGUCAUGUAAGAAGGAUCCAUUGUCAAAAGGGUGAAUGUUAGUAGGUAUAAUAGUAACUUUCAUGGGGUUGAAAUUUUAUAAGACAGUCUUAUGUGACACAGGUUCAAAAAUACUUCUGGGAGUAUAAGAGAUAGUUUUAAAACUAAACAAAAAUUGUUGGUGUUUGUCAGAAUCAGCACCAUUUGCUAUAUAUGUAAGCACAAAGUGUAAUUUGAUAACAUACUUGUGUAUGGCUUUUGUUAUUGUACCUAUAAGGAAAGACUUAUGUGAGAACUAAUUGUUAAUGAAUAAACAACUUAUGAAUGUU